AUAUCCCGGUUCGAUAUUAGCUACACCACUACGAAGCACUGAAAGGUGGGACCUGCUGUUUUGUUUAAGCGGACUGCUUCAGGUGAUUUAAUCGCAAAUUAAACAUUGCAUGCUGGGAAUUGUAGUAAGAGAGAGAGUCAGAGAGAACCCUGAUGGAAAUAUUACAUCAUCCCGACGUGCUCUAAUUUGCAAUGGUUGCAGUGACUGGCUGGGACGCUCCUCUGUUUCUUACUGUGGGGGAGGCUGCUGGUGCGAGAACGCCUCGUGCGUUGUGUUAGCGCUAAUAGCUAAUAGCUAAUAACGUUUCUUAACCACCCUGAGUCCUUGCUCAGCAGAUCUAAUUCCAACAUGUCGGAACAGCCGGAGCUCAGCGGCCUCAGCGAUGAAGCCGCCAACCACGUCUGCUCCGACCCGGAUCCCAGUACCAAGGAUUUUCUGUUGCAGCAAACCAUGUUACGAAUAAAAGAUCCUAAGAAGUCACUGGAUUUUUAUACAAGAGUUCUUGGAAUGACAUUGCUCCAAAAAUGUGAUUUUCCCACUAUGAAAUUCUCACUGUAUUUUUUGGCUUAUGAAGAUAAAAAUGAUAUCCCAAAAGAUACAAAAGAGAGAACAGCUUGGACUUUCUCUAGAAAGGCUACACUUGAACUAACACAUAAUUGGGGCACUGAAAAUGAUGAGAAUCAGUCUUACCACAAUGGCAAUUCAGAUCCUCGGGGAUUUGGUCACAUUGGAAUUGCAGUCCCUGAUGUAGCUGCAGCUUGUAAGAGGUUUGAAGAGCUGGGAGUGAAAUUUGUGAAGAGACCAGAAGAUGGUAAAAUGAAAGGACUUGCAUUUAUUCAGGAUCCUGAUGGCUACUGGAUUGAAAUUUUGAAUCCUAACCACAUGGUGACCCUCAUCUAGUUUUAUAGUAACAUACUAUAUAAUAGGUACAAGUCUUCUCCAGGAGGCUGAAAACAUAUAACAUACUCUACUAUUCAUACUCUACUACAUACUUGAUUGAGAGAAAUUAACAUCACCCACAAAUAGUUCUUUACCAAUCCUGUUAAAACCUCAUCUUGCUUGAAUUCCCCCUUGUAUUCUUCUUUUGUUUUCUUUUUUGUGAUGCCACUGCUUCCUGUUUCUAAUUAGAACAUAUCAUCUGUGUUCUGAAAAUGCACUCAUGCACAUGCACCAUUUAUGCAAAAAUUAGUAUAGUCUCCCCUUCGGGGCUGAUUGAGUUAGUGAAAUUUUGGCUGCACAAUAUAGCUAUGUUUAAACCAGCCUGAGAACUGGUAUAUUGGGGGGUGGGAUAUACGAGUAGGAAGAUUGCUGUAUCUUACGUCGUAUAGGUCUACCGCCAGAGCCAGGUUUUUUGUGAAACUUGGAGAGGGGAUAAAACACUUUAAACUAGUCUUUUGGACCACAUCUUGCUUACACUGAAGUCCGUGGCAAAAUUCCUUUGGACUUCAAUGGAAGCAGGAUUGGGACCUUUGUGUGUACACUUAGUUAUGUCAGUAAGCAGUAGACUUUCAGGUGCAACUUGUAGGUACUCAAGCUGCUUGAGACUAGAAACUUAAUGUCAGUGCCACAUUGAGUCCAACAGAGCGAGUUCAGUCUGUGUUGCAUUUGAGCAGCUCUGACUGCUAACUGCAAGUAGGCAGAGGAGGUCGGCAGACUUGUCACUUGAUCUCAAGAGUGGGCAUCUUAAGAGCACAGAAUUUGAACAUUUACUUUAUUCUAAAAAUCAAGGGCUAUACAGCAAUUAGCUUACAACUAAGGAGUAGCUGAAAAUGCCAUGAUUCCCUAUUUAGUGGCUGAGAGCUGGCAGAUAUACUUAUCCCUUAUCUGUGAUUGUAUGUGAUGCCUGGGGUGCUGCUAAAUAUAGUGCAUUUAAAACAUCUUUUAUAUCAAGCUACAGUUUGAUAUAGGAGUUUAACUAAAAUCCUAGUAGUUUGUGAAACCAUGACUACCUGCUGUUAUGACAACUUUUUAUCUGCCUUUUAAAAAAUAGUGGUUGCAGUUACACUGAAGUUGUAAAUAACAGGAAAACACUUGUACAUGUGAGCCAGUUUCAUGUUAAAGUGUUUCAGUAGCACUGAAAUACUCACUUUACCGUCCCAUUCCCCCGCCCCCCAAACCCAUAACAAAACCAUCUUGGUAUUUAGUGUGUUCUAUAAGCACUUUAUAAUUCCUGUUGGGACUGAACAGCCUUGAGUGAUGUGACUGUUAAAUUGGAUAGCCCUGUGGCAUCAAAUAAAAAUAUUUAUUUCCAAAUAAAGUGUCUGCAAAACUUUCAAAACCCUUCUGUAUAAUUCUCUGCUACUAUGGUAACUAUGGGCUGUAUAAGAAUAAGCAGAGAUGUGUGGUGACUUUCUACUGUGGGAGACAAUAAAAAGAGCCAAAAAUGAAA